CUCACAUUGUCAACCACCACGCCCAUCUAUUUUCCUACCAUUGCAGACAUGGCAGAAGCACUGGUUGAAGUCUCCCCGCAGAAGCUCAACUCCAAUCCUAUUCCUAUCGAGGAAGGCGACAUCAGCUGGCACGAGGCUCCUUCGUCUCCCUUCAUAACCCAUGUUGAGCCCGAUCAAGAGAACAUCGCACCGCCCGAAGUCACAACCUCGACUCCCACCAAACCAUACUCUAGAAUUUCCGACAACGAUCCUCAAUCCGCUUUCAGAUUGCCAUCACCCUCGAAGGGCCUCGGCUCCAAGGAGCGCACAUCUCCCAUCAAAGCGGCUCCGGCACAACCAUCGCUGAACGAGUUUGACGAUAUGGAAGACAUAGAAAACGCAGUAGCCCGUCACAGUCCCAAGAAAUGUUCCCCAAUCAAGAAAAUGGCAGUGGAUCGUCCGGACUCCACCUUGAGCGAGCGAUCGCGCAAUGACUCGUCGCCCACCAAAUCCUUCCAUACAGCGGCUGAAGAGAGAGAGGUGAACCAGAGUUUGGACGCCAGCUCCCUGACGGCGGAGCUUAUGCCUCAUGUAAAGAGGGACAGUUCUUCGAGUUCGCAUGAGUCUGCGUUGCGGGACAACGAAGGCUUGACCGUCGCCAUGAAACUGAUGGAGCAAACACACUUCGAGAGGCAUGAAUUUCACGAGCGCUCUUCCACAUAUCGGGAAGAACACGGCAUAGCCGACAUAGACGACUACCUCGGUGCUGAUGAGACAGAGCUGAACCCCGAUGGGCCAGAUCUCACGUCUGUCACCAUGGACGAUACGUGCUUCAGCAACUUCUCCGAGAUGCCCAAUCUGGACAUGACGAAGUUUGCUUUCCUCAAGAAGAGCCCCACAAAGUCUGGACUCAUGGAUCAGGCAACACCCCGAGCACGUCCACCUGUGACUCCGUCAACUGUCCGGCGAAUGGAGCGGACUCCUUCGCCAACGCCGCGUCAAUCACGGCAUGAUCACAAUGCAGGAGAUACUACGAACCUGCUCCUGGACUUCACUGCGCAAAUUGAGGCAUUCUCAGCCUUUUCACGAGGAACGCCGUCUCGAGGACGUCAAUCGCCUAGCAAAUCUACAACCGAGCCCAAUCUCCUCACUUAUAUCCAGAAUCAGCGCUCGCCGGCAAAACCGAACUCGCGUGUACCAGCCACACCGUCACAGAAUCGCCAGCUCCUCAAUCUUCUCGACUUUGAACUACCCCCACCACCGACCCCUCGCUCCGUGCCCACUGUCACUAUUCGUGAACUUGAAUCGCUGAAGUCUACUUUUCAGUCACAGAUAUCUAGCCUUACGGCGUCCCUGUCUGGCAAGGAGGCUGAAGUUGACUCGCUCGUCAAGGCUGUUUCGGAUGCCGAGCGCCGCGUUGGAGAAGCACAAGAACUCUUACGCGAUGAGCGCAGCGCGAGAGAGCAUGCGGAGGCGCAGAUGGUGGAUUGGAAGAACAAGGGCGAAGAAGUUCAGAAGCUGCUUCAAGAUGUGCAGGCUGAGCUAGCGCGGAAUGAUGCCGAGCGCGAGGCUCUCCUCACGCGUCUGGCAGAAGUUGAGAAGCGUGCUGAAGACGCAGAGCAGAGGUCGUCGGAACUGGAGACGCGUUUGAUUGAGGCGGAGAGCAAGAAUGUGGACAUGACAACAUUCAUCAAUCCCGAAGAGGAUGUUGGGGAGAACAAGAAAAUUUACUCCGAGCUCGAGUGUCAGGCUGCUAUUGCAGAGAAGGUGAAUGAAGUGGCUCGUGAACUGCAUACAGCGUACAAGGCCAAACACGAGAAGAAGAUCAAGGCGCUGAAGGAGAACUAUCAGAGAAAGGCCGACGAGAAGUGCAAGGAAUUGCGCUUGCAGAUCAUUCGAUUAGAGCGCCAGGUUGACGAAGCACAGAAGAAGCGGGAUGAUACCUUCUCACAGGUUCUUCCUGGGGACGUGUCUAUCAAGGCUGGACCUUGUGAGAAGUGCGCGAAGGAAGCGGCCAGCAAGGCGGAACUGACGCAACAUCUGGAGGCUUACAAGUCCACCAUCGAGAACCUCAAAGCGAAACUGGCCGGCCUGGAGUCCGAACUGUCCAGUUUGCGCAAGUCCCACGAUGGCCUGCUUCAGGAGCUUGAGGCUGAACGUGUCGAGAAGGGCGAGCUCGUUGCCGCAGCCGAACAGAUGCUCGCUCUCUGUGGUGAGAAGAUGGAAGAAUAUCAGCAAGAGGAACUGCGAAAGUCUCAAAUGGCGGCCCCUCGCCCUGUCGCCCAUCCUCACACCAACCCGGAGCCUAUGCGUACUACCGGCUUCUUGGGUGGCGCUCCCCCUCGUCCUGGAUCUUCGCUCAGUGGAGGCCGACCUGGCAGCGGUGUGGGUGAACGCCUGGGAGCCAUGGGCGCCGAGAAGCAAAGCUCCAUCGCGAAACCUAGUGGGCUCCGGGCCCCUGGUGGGUUCGGCUUUUCUGGAGGAGCUGCUGGCGCUGGUGGCUUGGCUAGGAGCGGUAGUGGAGGGAAGAGCAGGCUCAUGAGUAACAUCGAGCGGAUGGGGGGUCGGGGUUCGGAGUAGAGGCGUCAAGUUUUAGAGCUUGACGGCGGCGGGUCUUGUGGACUGGCGUUUGGUUUGGGUUGAUGCUUCGUCUUGGGUUGCCGUGGCCUAGGGCAUCUUGUAACCACUGGAAGUACUUGUGGGUUCUUGCAUGCAUUGGUGAUGUAAAUAGGUUUGCCUGGGAAUGAAGGCUUACUAAGUCUUUCAGAUACUUUCCAUGUAAAACAAACUGAAUGAACUGUCUCUAACCCCG